GUGAAACUGUUUCGUAGGCUUAUCAAGCCCUGCUACUGCAAUUGGAUCUUGCUCUCUCCAACUUGCUAUAUCAAUCAGGUUUUUCCGCGGAAGGUCUUUUUUGCACGAGAAGCAAUAAGUACCGGACCAGCUGCCUUUCAAGAUUUAAGCACAAACCAGAGAAGGGAAUUUCUGGAGAACAAGCAAUGAGAGACUCCUCGUCUGCCCCAGGAUAUGCACCUCUUCUCGCAGCAUGGAGUGCAGAAUCACAGGUGCAUUUAAUCGUCGGUGCGAAUCCUCUUGCGGCGGCUCGUUGUAUCAAGAGCCUUGAAGUUGGAGCGAAGCCUAUCAUCAUUGCACCAGAUACUGGAGAUUUGCAUUACACAUUAUCUGAGAGCAUCACUAACGGCUCCGCGCAAUGGAUACGCAGAGAAUUUCGUGACGAUGAUUUAACCACUUUGGGGCGAGACGAGGUCGAUCGUGUUGUGGAUACGGUGUUUGUCACCCUAGAAGGGGAUCAUCCACUAAAAGCGCACAUUUCGGGCCUUUGUCGUAGGAUGAGGAUUCCUGUCAAUGUGUCUGACGCUCCCGGGCUUUGUACUUUUACUUUACUUGCCACAUACUCGGAUGGUCCUCUUCAUAUUGGGAUCACGACAUCUGGGCGUGGCUGCAAGCUUGCCUCUAGGAUAAAGAGAGAGAUUGCUUCAUCACUACCGCCAAACCUUGGAGCGGCAAUCGACAAGCUAGGCGCAGUGAGAAAGAGCCUAUGGAAAGAAGACAACGCCGCUGGAUUGUGUUACUCGAAUUUGGAGGGGGAGGAAGACGACUCAGUUGGCCAGAAACAUACGUUUAACACAUUGGUGAAGGAAGAUGAUACCUCAACUUCCAAGACAAGACGAAUACGCUGGCUCUCCCAGAUAUGCGAAUAUUGGCCGCUUCGGAAACUGGCUGCUAUCACAAAUACGGAGAUCGAGGAGAUUCUUACCGCUUACUCAUCAGGGAAAGGGGAUACAGAAGGCCUCAAUGGUGUGAAAAAGCUUUCCAGAAAGGGGAAGAUCGUCCUCACUGGCUCAGGCCCAGGAAAUCCGGAUUUGGUUACUCGAGCAACAUACAACGCCAUUCAAAACGCCGAUAUUAUCCUCGCUGAUAAGCUUGUCCCUGCGCCUGUUCUGGAUCUUAUACCUCGCAGGACUGAAGUGCACAUUGCACGCAAAUUUCCUGGUAAUGCGGACCAGGCCCAGGAGGAAUUUCUCCAGAUGGGCCUGAAAGCGUUGCGCCAAGGGCGACAGGUGCUCCGACUAAAGCAGGGUGACCCAUACCUCUACGGGCGUGGAGGAGAAGAAUUCGACUUUUUCCAGGCGGAAGGAUUUACACCUGUGGUUCUACCCGGAAUAACCAGCGCACUGAGCGCUUCACUCUUUGCAGACAUUCCAGUGACUCAUCGGGGUGUCUCUGACCAGGUACUCAUCUGCACUGGUACUGGCAGGAAGGGCGCUGCUCCAGAACCUCCUAGCUAUGUGUCUACUCAGACAGUGGUCUUCCUGAUGGCACUACACCGGUUGUCCUCACUUGUGGAGUCUUUGACAACACAACCAACAGAUACUGUGAACGACAGUUCGAGUUCCAGGAUACUCUGGCCGAAGGAUACCCCGUGCGCGAUUAUUGAACGGGCUUCGUGUCCUGACCAGCGAGUGAUUCGCUCUACCCUUGAGUAUGUGUGUAUGGCGUUUGAAGCGGAAGGGUCCAGGCCACCUGGCCUGCUGGUUGUUGGGAAGAGUUGCCAUGUCCUUCACAACAUCAAUGGUCAGAAAUGGGUUGUUGAGGAAGGGUUCCACGGUUUAGAUGGGCUACAUGAUGAGACGAAGGAAAUACUGAUGAAUGUGAAGGACCGAGGUGCGGAGUAAUUGGAUUCUAUAUAUGAUUUUGCUUUCAGCGGCAAUGCGUCCAUGGAUAGAUGUGAAAAUGGUGCGUUUUGGUUUUUUUUAUUUUUUUUUAUUUUUAUUUUUUUUUUAAAAAAAAAAUAUGCACGAUAUAGUUGUACAUAGAAGGGAUAAAAAUGGGAGACGGAACAACGUUCAAGCCAUCA